AAAACGAAACAGUCCAUUUGAUUGGUCGCCAUUCAAUGUAAUUUAAACUUUAACCAAUGAAUAUCUAUUUUAUUUCGUCGUUCUGUCGAACACUGUUUUUAUCUUCCACGUAAAAGAAUCACAACACGAUUCCAUGAGUAGAAAAAAGUCUGAUCAUAACUGAUAAUGCAAAAUGGCAGGAUCAGCCUUAAGAAGGUUGAUGGCAGAAUACAAGCAAUUGACACUAAAUCCACCUGAAGGAAUCAUAGCAGGACCUGUCAAUGAGGAGAAUUUCUUUGAAUGGGAAGCUCUUAUUAUGGGACCAGAAAAUACAUGUUUUGAGGGAGGAGUGUUUCCCGCCAGACUAGCUUUCCCACCAGAUUAUCCUCUCAAUCCUCCAAAGAUGAAGUUUACUUGUGAAUUAUUUCAUCCAAACAUAUAUCCUGAUGGCAGAGUCUGUAUUUCUAUACUACAUGCUCCUGGAGAUGAUCCAAUGGGAUACGAAUCUAGUGCUGAACGAUGGAGUCCGGUACAGAGUGUGGAAAAAAUAUUAUUAUCUGUUGUCAGCAUGUUGGCAGAGCCUAAUGAUGAAAGUGCUGCUAAUGUUGAUGCUGCAAAAACGUGGAGAGAAAAUAGGAUGAAAUUUGAAGAAAUUGCUGCAAAAACUGUUCGCAAAUCUUUAGGAAUAUAGUACAUUCUUUAUUACAUCUGUUUAUAAAAUUUAAAUAUUUUAUUGAUUUUUAUGUUUGUUUCAGGGUCAUUGAUGUGUACACUGGGCCCAUGACAUCUAAAACUGAAUAAAAAUCUAAAGGGAUAUUCUGUAAAUUAAUUAAUGCAUUUACCCAGGUUUAACCAUCAAUAACUUAAAAUUCUUAAUCCAUACUUUUUUAUUUCUAAGUGUACCUGUAAAUCAAAUGAACCAAUCAGAUUAAAAUAUUUGUUGACAUGUUAAUCAUAUGAAAAUUACAUUAUUAUUUAAUGCUCAAAGAGGAGACAUGUUUUUUCAUGUGUUAAUGAUGUAGCUAGUUGUAUAUUUGAAAAAGGAAAUAAGCUGAACUAUUGCAUUUAUCAUGAAUAUUAAUUUAAGUUACUGUGGAUUUUUAUCCGUUAGAUACCAAUUGUCAUGGGUAUUACAGGUGAACCACGGAAUCUAAUGUUCAACGAAUUCAAAUUUUUAUGCCCCACCUACAAUAGUAGAGGGGCAUUAUGUUUUCUGAUCUGUGGGUCCGUUCGUUCGUUCGUCCGUCUGUUCGUUCGUUUGUCCCGCUUCAGGUUAAAGUUUUUGGUCCAGGUAGUUUAUGAUGAAGUUGAAGUCCAAUCAACUUGAAACUUGGUACAUAUGUUCCCUAUGAUAUGAUCUUUCUAAUUUUAAUGCCAAAUUAGAGUUUUCACCCCAAUUUCACGGUCCAUUGAACAUAGAAAAUGAUAGUGCGAGUGGGGCAUCUGUGAACUUGGGACACAUUCUUGUUCUAUAGGCUUUGUAUGCAGAAAUUGGCAAAACCAAGAAAUUAAAGUCCCAUGAAAAAGCAAGUUUCUCAAUCCAUGAAAAUUGAUACCCAUGAAAAAAAUGAAUCCACAGUAUGUCAUUACAGUUUAAUAAGCUGUGGUUAGCUGAGGGAACACAUUGCAGAAUAAGCAACCCAAUUUAUCCAAUGGUAAAAUCAAUUAUUCAUAUCACUCUGGCCACAUGAAACUUGAAGUAUCUCUUUAUGCAUUAACUAGAGACAAGGAGUUAUUUCAUAUUCAUUUUCAACAGUUUCUUGCACACAUCAGCAAAAUGUAUGACUAAUGAAGGAUUAAAUUUUCUGCAUGGAAAAAUAGAUUUCUUUGUUAAAGAAUAAAAAUAAAAUGGAUCGGAAUCUGGUUAAAAAAGUCAUCAUUUGGGUUGCUGAAUAUUAAAUCUUAUAAUAAUAACAUUUAAUUUGAAGAUGAUAUGAUGCAUAAUCAUAUGUCAAAGGAAGUACAGAAAGUAAUGUUUGAAUUGAGGUUUCCUCUCAAAAGUGGUGUCUGCUCUGUUACAGUAAACCAUGCUUAAACUGAAUAUUUGUUGAAAUACUGUUAGCUAGUUUUUAGAUUUAAAAUAACUGAAAUAUUAUAUGAAAAUACAUAUAAUAUGUUAAGGUGUAUAGAAUCAGAAUUAUGAUUUAGUAUUUUUAUGUUGAUCAUAUCUAUAUAAUUUAUAUGUAAAGUUUUGUGCAAUACAGAUUAUUUAUA